CGCCUGUGAAGGUGUUGACGAAAGCUGUUUGCGUUGUGCAGACUUUUCUACGACAACGACGAUCAGGCAACCAGCAAGAGAAGGACGAGGAGAGUUGUGACGAGAGAGCAAGAAGCAAGCACAACAACCACCCACACGCGAUCAUGAUGAUGGCGGAGAAGCACCGCCAGCAGCACCAGCAGCACCAGCAGCACCAGCAGCACCAGCAGCACCAGCAGCACCAGCAGCACCAGCAGCACCAGCAGCACCAGCAGCACCAGCAGCGGUUUGCGCUGUCUGCACGAGCGGGUCGACAGCUGUUGGCAAAUGGGCGGGCAGAGGCAGCCGUGCCAUACCUGCAGCAGGCGCUGCGCUGCUUGCUUGAUCCCGAAGAAGCGCCAAGAGCAGUGGCAGCAUCAUCCUCGCCGUCGUCAGGCACUUCCCCUUCCCGCGCCAACAACAACAACAACAACAUUGACAAGAACGCGACGAGCGGCAACUCCGCCUCAGAGGACGAGCAAACGUGGGCAGACCAAGUGGCAGUUCCGAGACGCUGGACGGAGCACGAGGCAAACAAGCAGUCACCAGGUCAUGGUCCCACCACCAACAGCAGCACUGCAGUGACGGAGCACGAUCUUGAUCAAGCAGAAAGUCAAGAGGGCGGAAACAAAGGCGAUGGCAGCAGGAAACCCCAAAAGCGGGAAAAAAGGUCGUCAAAGAAGCGAUCCAAACGAAGGUGGACAGGGACACUCAGGAGGCUGAGCCACGGGAGCCACGGCAGCCACGGCAGCCAUGACAGCCACAACAGCAGCAGGGGCAGCAGCAAAGCCAGCAUCGACAACGACAAAGAUAACAUUGCCGCCUCUGUGGAAGAUGGCACAGCCACCACAGCUGCAGGAUCUCAAGAGCUGCAAGAGCUUGGACUGCAUCGGCUCCUUGGACAGAGCUUCCUCGCGCUCGGCAACCCGCAGAUGGCAGGGCAGCACCACGAAGCGGAGCUGAGGAUUGCAAAGGAGAUGAACGACCCGCUGCGCACGGCGCUGGCGUACGGGAACAUGGGCAGCGUGUUCGCGUGCCUGCGAUCGCUCAACGAGGGCAUCAAGUGCUUUGAGAAGCAGCUGCAGAUUGGUGAGCUGCUGAAGCACAAGCGACUGCAGCUGCUGGCCACAGAGAGCCUCGGCAACGCAUACCGCCAGGCGUGCCUGUCCACGGACGAGGCGGAUCUGCAAGCGACGUACCUUCGUCAAGCAGAGGCGUAUCUCGGGCGAGCCGCGGUGCUUGCACGCAAGGAAGGGCGGCACGCGCAGCUGGCGAAGAUCUACGGCCGACUUGCCUCGCUCUGCGAACAGGCGCACGCGCUUGAUCGCGCCGAGCACUGGCACAAGAAGCGGCUGCUGCUUGCCGAGCAGCGCAAGGACAAGGCCCUCAUGUCCCGCACCCUGUGCAACCUGGGCAACGUGUACCGUGCUGAGGACAACCUCGCCCGUGCGCUGCGCUGCUACAAGCGCGACAUCAAGCUGUGCAGGAAGGCCGGUGAUCGGCGCGGCUUGGCCAUCACAUACUACAACAUGGGCACGUGCUAUCAGGCAGCUGGCGACGCAGACAACACGCUGGCAUCCCUCCGCCACCACCUGGCCCUAGCGCGGGAAAUUGGGGACGAGGAGCAGCAGAAGGCAUCCCACGUGCGGCUGGGGCACGUGUGCUGCGCGGCCGGCGACUACGAGACGAGUCUGCAGCACUUUCACGAAGCAGAGCGCAUGGCUGGUGCCACCGGGGACGCGCGUGUGUCGCAGCUUGCCAGCGAUGGCAUUGCGGACGUGACUGCACAGAUUGAUGCGGGCAGGAAGCGGCUCACGUCCAAGGAGGUGGCAGCACGGUUGGCGCAGGUGCCCGAGGACCAGGCGCCAACCAUGCACAAGAGGACGAUUCGAGGCACCAUCUCUUCGCGUCUGCGCCGCCGCCGCCCCAGCAUCGCUGCGCCCGCCGCCGAUUUCACCACCGCAGGGCCCAUCACCGCACGUGCUCCUGCCCAGUCCUCAGUACAACAACAACCACCACCGGCAGCGUCGUCGUCGUCGUCCGUGCUCGUGCCGCCAGACGAUCCAGGCAUGUGCAUAUCCCCCGCCCCGUCCGCUGUCACAACAACAACAACGACGACGACGACGACGACAGCGUUCACCUCUGCCGCAACAUCGCCCACGCCAUCUACCGCCACGCUGACGACAACACCCGCCGCGUCCACGGCAACGACAGCACCGCCGGCCGCCGACAGCACCAGCGAGCCUGUCCGCCUGCGCGGGGCGAGCGCGCGCGUGAAGAAGCGGCUGUCACAGAUGUUUCUUCGCCGUGGCGAUGCUGCCCUGUAUCUUCCCAGCCGCGCCUCCACCCUCGGCCCCGACGCAAUCGCCGCCACCGCCAACACUGCCACCACUGCCACCGCCACGGCGAGCAGCAGCAGCAGCGGGGGCGAUGGAGGCACAUAUGAGGCUGGGAUUGAGCUGGAUGACCUACGUGUGGGCGGCGGCGAUGUAAUUGAUUUGGAGGAGUUGGCACUGGCGCUUGCGCAGCUCGACGGGAGCAUUGCUGCCGGGGACAAGAACACGGGCGGUGGUGUUGGCGGCGGGGUGGUGGGGGAUGAUGCAGGACAGCACGCGCACACACAGCGGCACAGCGCACCUAACAGUGGCGAGAGGGGUGAGGGGAAUGAUGACGACGAUGAUGAUGAUGAUGACAUUGAUGAUGGUGACGACAUUGAUGGUGCCGAUGCCAGUGAUGGGCGAAUGGGCGUGGAUCCAGCCCACCGUGCAAAGAGCCAGCAGUUGUUGGCGGCACUGACACGCCUUGAAUCGUCCUAUGGCCAAGCAGACAACGAUGACAAUGGUAACAAUGGUGAUGGUGAUGAUGGUGGGAUUGUUGUUCGACGGCGGCGACGCGGCACGCUGACACGCGAGAACCGAGCAGCAAAGACAAAGUCGUACCAGCUGCACGACUACGGACUGCAGGAUGAGCUCAGCAUCUGAUGCGGUGUGAGGUGGUGUUGAAUGGGAUGUGCUGCGACAUGUGGUGGGGUGCGUGGCGUGAUGCCACGUGGUUUGAUGUGAUGUGGUGCACCAUCAAGCCGUUACUAGAGGGCGUGAUUGUUGGGGGGUGGCUGCACCUUGUCCACCAACAUGCGGCGGUCGUUACUCAACUUCUAGCCUGUGUAUAUUAUGUCAUGUUAUGGACUUUGUGUAUAUAUACAACUGUGACAGCAUGUGACGAUUCAGGCUGUCGUGUUGUGGUGUUGUGCUCACCGUUGCUUGCUAUUUGCUUCGUUUUGUGCAAACCAACAUGUCAUCCGUAAACUUAUGCCGUCACUUCCCAUGUAUGCCUUGAGGGGUUCUUUUGUGUAUUCUUUUCUUCUUCACGCAUGUGUGAAACUAUCUCUCCUCAUACACACACACAUACACACACACACACACACACAC